ACCUACGCACGGCGCCUAGUCGCGUGGGUUCGGGACCGUCUGGGAGACACAUGGAGGUCACCAGCGGCGUUCGCCGCGUAGUUCUCGCUCCUGGGGAGAAGAAUCUGCUGAGCGUGGGUACUGAGGGCGCGAAUAUAGGCGUGGAAGGAGGAGAAGCGAGGGCGGGGCUUUGGCAUCACUUGCUAGGAGUAUCACCUCCCUGCCCACUGGGCCAUCAUGGCAGUGCACCUGGUGAGGCGGUACUCAUACCUUCUGAGAGAAGCCACUCGCCUAGCCCCUGCCCUGGCUCCAGCUGGCCAGCUGCAAUUUGCCAGGGUGGCCCAUAAGACUUUGACCUCGUCAGCCACCUCCCCCAAUUCCUGGUCCCUGAGUUCCUUGAAGGAGUUGGAAAAGGAAAAGGAGCAGAUGUUCAUCCCUUUACCAAGCCAGCAAGAGGUGGACCAGCUCAUCCAGAAGGCCACCAGGCCAGAGGAGCUGCUUGAGCUGCUGGACGGCAGUCACAACCUACAGUCCAAUCAGUCAGCCAUCAUUAUUAUCCGGCUCUCUCACCUGCUGUUCCAGAAGCCACAGGACAAGGCCUCUCUCAUACAGGACAUUCGCUUUAAACAGCUUCUCCAUCUGGUCAGCAGUCAGGUAUCCUCUGUGUGGCACGGGACACUUGUGAAGCUGCUGAGGAGCCUGUACAUGCUGGAGGUACCCAGCACCAUGCAGCCACUGAAGUCAGUGGAGCAGGAGGUGCACUGGCGCCUUCGGAGGCUCAAGUACAAGCACUUGGCCUCCCUGGCAGAGUCCUGUGCCGCGUCCAAGGAAGGGCAGCACCCCCAGGAGCUGCUGGCCAAGCUCCUGGUGCAUCUAGAAAGGCGGUGGACGGAGAUCGAGGAUAGCCACACAUUGGUGGCCGUCAUGAUGAAGGCAGGCCACCUCUCAGAGUCGCUGAUGACCCGGCUGGAAGACAAGUGCCUGGAGUUGGUGGAGCAGUUUGGCCCCGAAGAGUUACAGAAGGUGCUCCUGACGCUGGCAGCUCAGAGCCGGCGGUCGGUGCCCUUGCUGCGGGCCAUCUCCUACCACCUGGUGCAAAAGCCCUUCUCGAUGACGAAAGCUGUGCUCCUGGACCUGGCCUAUGCCUACAGCAAACUCAGCUUCCAUCAGACCCAAGUGUGCCAGCGCCUGGCCGCCGACCUGCUGCCCCUCAUACCUAGCCUGACACCUAGCGAGGUGGCCCACUGCACCACAUCCUUCGCCUUCCUCAAGUGGCUCAACCUACCCCUGUUUGAGGCCUUUGUCCAGCACAUCCUGCACAGAGCCCCAGACCUCACCGUGCCCCACUUAUGCCGCAUCCUCCUGGCGUUUGCCCGUCUGAACUUCCAUCCAGAGCAAGAGGAGCAGUUCUUCCGCCUGGUUCGUGAGAGGCUGGUACCUGCGCUGGCGAGCCUGGAGCCAUCCCUGCAAGUGGACGCGGUGUGGGCGCUGUGCGUGCUGCAGCAGGUGCAGACAGCUGAGCUGAGGGCUGUCCUGGACCCCAGCUUCCACACACGGUUUCUUGGGGCCACAUCUCCAAGGGACCAGAACACCUUCCAGAAGCUGCUGCACAUCAACGCCACUGCCCAGCUGGAGCACCCAGAGUACCUGGGCCCCUUCCUGUCAGCUGCAGCUGUGACCCCCACACCCCCUGCCCCAGACCGGAAGGUGACCCCUCUGCAGAAGGAGCUGCGGCAGAUGCUGCAGGGGCUGCUGGGGUGCACCAGCCGGGGCAGCCUUGAUGUGGUCACGCAGUACGGCUGGGUGCUGGACGCUGAAGUGCUGCUGGAUGCUGAUGGCCAGUUCCUGCCGCUAAGGGACUUUGUUGCGCCUCACCUUGCCCAGCCCACUGGGAGCCGGCCACUGCCCCCCCAGGCCAAGAGGCUUGCAUUCCUGCUCUGGGAGUUCCCCAACUUCAUCAGCAAAAGCAGAGACCUGCUGGGCCGCUUCGUCCUGGCCCGGCGGCACUUGCAGGCUGCAGGUUUUCUGCUGGUAGAUGUCCCCUACUAUGAGUGGCUGGAACUGAAGUCUGAAUGGCAGAAAAAUGCCUACCUCAAGGACAAGAUGCGCAAAGCCGUGGCUGAGGAGCUGGCCAAGUGACGUGCUGCGUCUCUCUGGACAGUGCCCUGGGCUCACCCAGGCCAGCGUCAAAGGGGUCACACUUGAGGACAGACCUUCAGCCAAGCUGGAGGGUGGCCACCUGCUCCCCACGAGGGACAAGUGGCCUCUUGGGAGUAAUAAAUUUUAGUGUUGCUGUCAGCAGCAGGUGGCUUCCCAGGCUUUGUCACAUGCGCGUGUGCACCUGUGUUUCCACCCAGCUCUCUGCUUUGGAGGAUAGUGUGGGUCUGCAGGGCUCUGCUGUGUCCUGGCUUCUUUCUGAGGCCCCUCCCUGUCACACCUGGUCAUCACCCUGCUGACCUCUGCACCUGUAGGGUGGCGUCCUAGGAUUCAGCCUGGCGGAUGAGGCCC